CUUUCGUAAAAAAAUUCAAUCAUUUUCAAUGAUGUCAAAUUUAGCUUUAGAAUAAAAUUAUUGUGCUCUCAAUAUGAUGUAAGUUAAUCAGUCUCAGUACAAUGCAAGUUAAUGCUAAAUAUUGUCCAGAAAUCAAAUGUCGAUGGAAUAGUUAUAGCACCUAUAAGUUUAUUUUGUGGGCUUGGAUGAUGAACGAAAUAUCUGUUGCAUCUGCUCCGGUGGACAUGUCGCAUACUGCAUUUUAUAUACAUUCCGUUUUGUAUAUUUUUUCCGCAAUUUUUGUCGGAAUACCACUAGUUUAUUCGGAGAUCUGUGUAUCACAAUACACAAACUGUGACGUGAUAUCCGCGUGGAAUUUCUGCCCAAUUUUACGAGGUGUUGGCUAUGUUUUGUUUGAAGCGCUGAGACAGAUUAAAGGGUUUUAUUGGAAUGAUAGCUUAAAAAAUUUAUUUCGUCCCGUUUGUUAUUGGGGACCUCGAGAUAAAAUUUUAUUUAGAAGCAGAAACAUGUUCGUUCCGGAGAUCAUGACGAGGGAAUUUUUGUACAGGCAAGUUAAAAUUCAUGGUUACAGCCGGAAAAAUGAAAUCAACGAACACAAAAGAAAUUAUUCUAAUGUUAUUCAAGAUACAAGUAUAUCACCUGAAAAUACGGAAUGGAGUGCUUUGACAUCGAACUGAUACAUGAAUAUAUAAAGUAAUGUUUAUCUGAUUAUUAUCUAUACGAACAGAUUAUAAUUGUAUAUUUCCCAUAAACGUACACUAUUCGUACUCCGUCUUUGUGCCUAUCUUGUACUUUUAUAUGCGUAUUACGUUUGGUUCUCAAUUAGUGAAUACAAUAACUUAGAUCAUUUAACCUUUUUUUAUUUGUUUGUUAGGCAUUUAUGCAUGCAAGCGUUAAC